CGUUGUUGCUACGGUAAUCUUCCGUCCGUGUCCCUGGCCGUCUCGAUUUUCUCUUGCAACGAGCAUGCAUCAGCCUGUUCUUUGCUGAUUUCCACUCCUUACUCCCGUGUCCUACCUGUACACCGCACAGGCCCACGACCGUCCCUGUACACUAACACUAUUACACCCACUGUCCUUCCUUCCAUCACCUCCGCACGGCUGCUGUUGUCUGGGAUAACUCCUACCCUCAUCCCAAGUCAUGUCAUGGUUCGCAAAACGCCACCAGUCUGCUUCCCAAAAGUUACCCAAGGAUGUUGACUGCUCCGUUUCCACCGAGAAGGUCCCCAUGCGCUCCUCCGAUACGCCCGGGAAGCAGCCACCCGCGCUCAAGUUUAAUACUCUCGCUGCAGCAGUCAUUGGCAAAAAGCCAAAGCGACAACACCCAACCCUAGGUAUCACUAUCCAGGAGCCCCCAUCAUCUCAGCCUUCUCCCACAGAACCUCACAGACAGCAGUAUGCAAAUCGUCCCCCGUCCAAGUCUGUCUCAACAGUCAGGUCUGGCGACGACUCUAUCGUCCUUCGCACCCCUUCCGACGCGCCCAGAAACCGUUCCUCGUGCUCCUCAUUCCCUCGCUCUGUGCUUACCCUAUCAGACCCCGACCCUUUUGCUGCCAAUGCAAUAGCUGUUCCUUCAAGUGCUGUCCAGGCUAGCCGGGUCUCCGUCCUUUCCAAGGUCUCUAACGAACUCUACGUCAAGUCUAAUGAUACGCUCUCCCCUAUUAACCGCACUUCAUUCGCGUCUUCUUCCUCCAAAUCUCAAGAUGCUUCCUUUGAGAUGACUCGCUCCAUGUUCUCCAGCCCUCCUUCCUCUGUAGUCACUACCGAUCCGGGCUCGACCCGCCCCAUGUCAGCCGAGAGCUCUUGGGAAUAUACCGCGAAGCCCGCCCUUGUCAAAUCCACUUCCGUAGCCACCUUGACGGAGAAAACCCGCAAACCGAAUCCGCAAAUCCUGCGUCCCCGUCUGCCAAGUCGCCCAACGGAUCCUGGCUUCACUCGCAGUAAUUCUAGCAUAGCACAGUUAGCCCGGAAGAACGUUUCUGAGUCAUCCAUGUCUCCGAUACCUCCCAUGAGCAAUACCCGCCCUCUCAACCGACACCCAUCAAUCUCACGUGUUGCGGUCCACCCUCCAAAUGCGCCACCUCUUUCCCAACUGCCUCCUAUCCCAAUCGCAACGCCUCUUUCCCCGAUAUAUACCAGCAUUCAAGAUAGCGAGGAUCAUUUAUGUCCUACUCCUUCGGGCUCCGAUUCAUCAUCAAGCAUAUCGUUCGCUUCCUCCAACUCGUCGUCUAGAGACCUUGGUCUGGAAGAACACUAUAGCGCACGGUACAAAGCCACGAGAGAUCGGAAUUGGGGCUUGGAUAGGGAUUUUGGUACGGCACACAAGACAAAGGAGCAUGAUUACACUGCUCUCGCAGACUUCGCGCUGGGACCAGGGCCUGUAGGUGGUGAUCAUCCACAGACCUCACCUCAGACUCUGAAGAAGGCGAUGUCGGUUUCGACGCUGCAUAUGUUCAAGGACAGCUUGUCCAUGCCUUCUAGAGAGGACAAGUCCAUAGAACCAGAACUCAAGAAGCAGCGCUCGUUUCAUCAGUCUCGCUGCCCUCCUCCCCUCGCGCCGCUGCCACUUAGGCAUUCCAAUUCAUAUGUUCCACCCAGAACGUCAUCUCUGCAACCAACUAGCCCUGUUGAGUCACGAAAGGGUGCCUGUGCCGUUGCAUCACCUGUCAUUCGGAAACGACUGUUCUCUGGUCCCUCACGGAGGCCUGUGACAGCGGCAAGCGAAGACGAUGAUCGCUCCCUGUUCAGUAUACCUACAGAUAGUGGCCACCAGUCUGCGGGACAUUCGACUAAGAUCAGAGAAUCUAUGCUUUCUGACACGUUCUCAGUCACAUCAAGCUCGACGACUGGCACGGAUUACGCGCCACAGCGGAUCAUGUCACCUGCGGAUAUGUUCAAAGUCGAGGAAUCGUUGCAGGACGAGCUCGACGCGAAAUAUAGCGACAUGCAGCACAACCGUGCACGGGGUGUUUCUUUCACAUCCGCCUCGGCAUCGUUCCUCGCGGACCACCCCUCUAUUUCUGAGUUGUCGCAACGUGAUGCGCCGGUUUCGUCCACGAAGUAUCAUCCCCCGGCGCGGAGCUCAUCGACGGUCGCUAAGCCUGCUAGCUCCUCUCUUCGGUUGAAUGUUUCCUCGCGGCCUGGUACUGCUCAGCCUGGCCCGACGGCAAUGCAUGCGGAGUCCCCCGUGGAGAACCCCUCUGCAUUGCUUAGCAUAGGCCUUCCAUUGCCACGCGGAUUGCGGUCUCGCCCGACAACGGCAGACACGACCUCUAGUGUGUCUUCAUCGGGAAGUAGGCGCCUCAAUGCUGCGCCUAUCAACCCGCUGUCUCCACGACCUCCUCCCUCCCGGAGGCGGGUUACGCCGCAGCACGGAACCGUGGACAAAGUUCCGCACCCUAUCUUGCGCAAACCCUCAUUCUUGGAGAUCGCAGACGAAAGCCCUUCCCCUUCAUACCCAGUCUCUCAUCCCUCCACGGCGGCACGUGGCUCUUUCGCGCGUAGCUCAGUGACACCGGCGCCGCUUGAAGAGGACAGUUUCCUUGAUAUGGGGAAGGAUUCGCUUGACAUACCUAGAGAUAGUCUAGACGAGUUCGGCAGUUAAGAUUCUUAGCUCAGCCCACUUUCAUUUAUGCUUGUCACUCCUUUGCACUUAUUCCUGCUUAUAACACUCACCCGUGCGUAUUCUACCAUAUCUCACUGGCCUUUUCGGCACAUAGUCCUUACUUCGGUAUUGUCUGUUUUAUUAGGUUACAUAAAUGCUUGCACUCGGCUUCGUUUCCUUACAUUGAAGUGCAGUUACCAUUACCACUUAUAUUUUGA